AAGGAAAUCCUGGGAAAGCUGCUAAUUGAAGACUCCUGGACUGGUGAGGGAAAAUGGACGAAACCACCGUGGACAUUGACACUCUUAUUGAUGAGAUGGACUACAUUCCUGGUCACUUUCAUCUCGAUAUGAAUUUAAACUUUGAAACUUCUGCACCAAUCAGCUUCCAAGGGAGAGACUUGAAGUUGAAACGAGAGAGUCUGCUCUACGAGUUGGAGUUUGAAACUGGCUCACAGCAAAAUGCCAUUCAAAACCUCAUUGGGGUAUUUUCCUUCUACCUGGAGGAAGUGGAGCAAGCCAAGGAGAUUUUUCUGCAUAUCACUCAAGAACAGCCCGAGAAUUUAAAUGCUUGGGCCAACCUGGCCUACAUUUAUGACAGGCUGAACCAGGAGCAAGAAGAGGCUGAGUGCACUGAGAAGCUCUCCCACUUAAUGGGUUUGGAUUCAGAAGACAAACUGCAGGGAAAUCACCAGGUCAGAGCAGCCCGUUGCCUGGCUGAACAGGGCUAUGCUUAUGCCUUUGACAUCAGGCUAACAAACAAAGAGGAGAAGAUGGAGAAACUGACUGUAGGUCUCACUCUCUACAGCAAGGCGCUGGCCUAUGGAAAGCAGAUACCUUUAGAGGAGAAAAGGAGCUGGUAUUUUGCCAUGGCCACUCUGCACAUCAGAUUAGAUGGGGUGUGGAUGAACAAAGGUGAGGAUGAAAAGAAGAGACUGACAGCUUUCAACAGAACUCUGGUUUUGCUUCAACAAGUACUGAAGUCAUCUAAUCUACACUACAGAGCUUUGGCUUGGUGCUAUCUUGGGAUGUUACUAGAAAGGAAAUAUUCUUUCUUAACUACUCCUCCGGGCAUUGAUGAGUGUGGUUAUGCUGGAACUGAUCCCCUGGAUUGCUUUGGAAAGGCAAUAGAGGUUGCUAGAGAUAAUCCACCUGUUCUCAACCGUCUGUCAAAAAUCUUCCAUUUCCUUGGCAAGCUAGAGAUGGCAAUGGCCGUUUGCAACAUGGCUCUGGAUGUAUUGCCUGAUCCAGGACUUAACUGGCAGGCAUAUUGUAUGCGUGCUAAGAUGCUGAUUAAACUGUAUUUACGGGAUGUGGAACGUGUGAAGAUAGGCUUGGCUGAAAUGCCAGACCAGAGCAAUCUUUUGGGGGCCAAAGUUGAUCUUGAAAAAGUCAUCAAAGUCCAACCCUGCCUGAAAACUUACCUUGAUCUUGGCCAGGUAUAUUACUACCUGGGAGUAGAUGCUAUGCAGGAGCUUUUCCUUGUGGAUGAAAAGGCCCUCAACAAAGCCCUUGUGCUCUUUGCUAAAGCCAUGGAAUUAGACCUGGGAAAUGUCUUGCCUGAACUCCAGGUACUGAAAGGGAAAUGUCUUUGGAUUAAAAAUGAGACGCUGGAAGCCAUGGAGUGCUUCAAGCAGGCCAUAGAGCUGGACGAUGUGGGUUCCACGCACAGAGAGAGCUUCCGAUGCUUAAUGGAACUGCUGCUUACUCUCUUUGCUCAGAAGAGGAUCACUAUGGAGGUGCUAAUGAAAGAGGUAGAGGUGUGGGUGAAGAAGGCGGAAGAGAAAUAUGCAAACCAGCAUGUGCAACAGGAACUUCGUCUAGUCUGUCGGCAUCACACCAGUGAGGUACUUGAACUUUCCAAAGCUAUGUUGGCUCAAGGGAAGACUGAACUGGUGAAGCUGCUUUUUGAGACCAUGAAAUGUGACUUCAAUCGACCCAAGCUGAGUGAACGUUCAUUCUCUUUCUGACCUGCUGCUUCAAGUAUCUCUUCGUCUGUCUACUACCUUAGAAGCUAUGGUGAUCUUCAGAAAUGGCUGUUCUUUCUCUCUUGUGUGUCUUUUUUUUUUUAAAAAAAAAUA